CGCUACAAUCGCAAAGAUAAAUCAGUCAGCAACUGACUACACCAUCAAACUGAUUCCAUCAGCGAAAAACUCAUUUAGCAAAACUAAGUUCGCGUUUAGUUGCGCGAAUUGCCAGCAGACCGAGUCGAGACCAUUCGAGUAUACCACAAAUAAGGAUAAUAAAGUGUCAAAAUGUUCGCGAGACCAUUGCAAUGUGCCGCCACAAAACCAAACCAGCAGUCAACGACGACGGCGCCACCGAAUGCUCCCCACCAGUAUACGAUCUCCGAUUAUGGCUAUGGCAAGGAUAGUGUCAAAGUCUUGCAUGUUAAGAGGAAUGGGCCAGUGCACUCGAUAAAAGAGUUCGAAGUGGGCACACACUUGAAGUUAUACAGCCAAAAGGAUUACUAUCAAGGUGAUAACUCCGAUAUAGUUGCCACCGAUUCGCAAAAGAACACCGUCUACCUGCUGGCGAAAAAGCACGGCAUUGAUAAUCCCGAGAAGUUUGCACUAAUUCUUGCCAAUCACUUCCUCACCAAGUACGCGCAUAUCGCCGAGGCGCAUAUCCAUGUCGAGGAAUAUCCAUGGGAACGUAUUGCACAGGAGGAUAGCGGCAUUUGUGAUAACAAUUACACAUCGAUAAAUAAUCGUCAACGUCACAAUCACGCCUUCAUAUUUACACCGAUAGCGCAACGUUAUUGUGAUGUGGUGCUGAGGCGCGCUGAUCCAAAACAAACUAUCAUUAGCGGCAUUAAGGGUCUGCGCGUGCUCAAAACUACGCAAUCCUCUUUUGUGAACUUCGUCAACGAUGAAUUUCGUUCAUUACCCGAUCAAUAUGAUCGUCUCUUUAGCACCAUUGUCGAUUGUUGUUGGGAAUAUUCAAAUAUUGAUGAUGUGAAAUUCUGUCAAACUUGGAAUAAAGUGAAAAAUAUUAUAAUUCAAAAUUUUGCUGGUGAUCCCAAUGUGGGCGUGUCUUCGGUAUCGGUACAGAAUACACUCUACCUCACCCAGAAGGAGGUACUCGAUGUUAUACCACAAGUUUCGGUCAUUUCGAUGACUUUGCCCAACAAACAUUACUUCAAUUUCGAUACGAAGCCAUUCCAGAGUGUUGCACCCGGUGAAAAUAAUGAAGUUUUCAUACCAACCGAUAAACCACACGGCACCAUCUAUGCACAAUUGGCAAGGAAGGAUCUGAAGUGUCAUUUAUGAAAGUAACAGGCGAUUUAAAAUGUUAUAACCAGUAGUUAUGUAGUUGUUUUGUAGUUUAUUAUUAUCAAAUUGUUUCUUUUAUUCAAUAAAAUUACAAAAAAAAAAUGAA